AUGAAGUUCUCCCUUCCAUCCGUCGUCAGCCCAUCCAGCUCCAAGCCAGGCCCCUCCUUCGAUCGUGUUCACAAGUACAGACCUCCUCCCACUUCGUUCCACUCUUCCGUCCAAGUUACCGAGGAAGAGUUCAAAGGACCACGCACCAGCCUUCAGGUCAAGCAAGCAUACCUCGAUUCGCAUCCUAACACAGACGACGAAGGAGACGCAGCUUCUCAUUCGGAUCAAUCGCACCAGCAAGACUACGUCGAUAGUGUGGCACCUACUCCGUCUCUCGUCCGAUCUUCCAUCAGCUCGCCUUCCAUCCGUUCCCCUCGUGCAUCCACUCUCCUCGUCACCGAUCCAGCCAUGACAGACGGAAAGCCAUCGCACGGUCGAGGCACCGCUGCCGAGCAGGGCGCUGCUCUCCGUGCAGCUGCCGAUCGCGAAACUGGUCAAACCCAUGCACACGAGCACAGGAGCUCUCGUCGAUCUUCUCGCCGUGUCAGCGCUCACGAGUCGCCUCGAACAUCCGAGCGUGUUAUCGAAGAGGACGAUGCACGACACCAUCGUAAGUCCUCGCGUCGCACGUCCAGACGCCACGCUGAUCACCGACACUCCAAGGAGGACCAUCGCGAGCGAGAGCCUUCCAAGCGUGUCGGCACGGCUGCUGCUCAGGGCGCUGCUUUCCGCAAGGGUGAAGAGCCCGCCCCGCCAUCUGCCGAGCAGACGCGAGAGGCUCGCGAGCGUCACAUCCGCGCAGCCUAUGGCGAGACUCCCAAGCUCGGCAAGGGUUCUCCCAACAAGCCUCCCGUCUACCCCAUGACCGGUAUCGACAACCUCGCCCUCUUGAUGGAGGACGACUCAUACACCACUUCGUGCUUCUCCAUCUACAUGUUCAAGACCGAACUCGACCUCGAGACGGUCGACAACUUCUUCGAGGUGCUCGCCGAGACAUAUCCAAAGUACCGCUAUGUGGUCGACCUGGAUCCCAAGCUUUCCAAGAAGCUCGAAAAGCAGACGCUCAAAGGUGACCCUGGCUCGUCACCGCCUCGCGGCGACUUUGACGAAGGCCGUCGCACUCGCUACGCCAAAGGUCUCAAAGCGGGUUCGCUCUUCUCCCCCGCUCGCUGGAGGUUCGUGCCCGAUUUCGACCUCAAAGAGAACAUCGAGCAUGUAGCUCAGUGCCCUGACGGUGGGGACGACAAGGCCCUCAACAAGCUCGCUGGUCACUUCAUCGGUCGCCACUACGACUACUCCAAGCCUAUCUGGGAAGCCAUGGUGGUCAAUGGUCUCAACACCUCGGAUGGAGGUCGCAGCGCACUCAUGAUCAAGAUCCACCACUGUUUCUCUGAUGGUCAGGGCAUGAUUCAGAGCUACCACGCUGCACUGGGAGCGCUCGAACAGGGCGUUGGCAUUCGUGACAUCCAGAACAAGGUCGACACCAACACGUCGCAGAACAAGAGGCCCGGUCAGCGUGAGGAUAAGCCAACCGUGUUGGGCACCAUCCAGCACGCUGGUCACUUGGCUCGCGGUCUCUACUUCCGCAAGCGCAAGUCGUUCCUUUAUCAGGAGAAGCGCAAGCGUGCUGCCGGUCGACUCUACUGCCACAGUGAAGGCAUCGACAUGGACGACAUCAAGAUGAUCCGCAAGGCGUACGGCACCGAGAAGUUCAAUCUGACGCUCAACGAUGUCGCGCUCGCCAUUCUCGCUCGUGCGCUUCGCAUCGCCUCGGAGCGUGUCGACCCCAGCAGGAGGCACAAGGACAAGCGAGUCGCCAUCUUUGUGCCCAUCUCGGUUCGUCCCAAGGGUGACUGGUCGCUCAGCAACGCUACCACCGGUUCCAUCGCCUGGCUUCGCUUCGAGAAGGAGGCCAAACCCGACUUCGAAGAGCAGCUCGCUCAGGUUCACCGCGAGAUGGGCCGUGUCAAGCGCUCCUACGGUCCCAAGAUCCUCUACAAGGUCUUUGACACCUUCAGCAAGCGUCGCAUCACCUACCUCCCCAACUAUCCUCUGCUGCGCUCCAUCUACUACCGCGCCUUCCGCGAGUACCACGUUGCCACCAACGUGCCUGGCCCUCCCAAGCCCGUCAAGUUCGGCGAUCACGAGGCCUACAGCUACCACGUCCUGCCGCCUUCCAGUCCCGGCAAGUCGACCAUGGCCAUCGGCAUGAUCUCGUACGCCAACGAUUUCUCGCUCGCCGUGUCGUGCGACGACGUGCCCGAGUUCAAGCAUCUCGCCGAGGAGAUCUGCAAGGCAUUCCAGGAUGCCGCCGCUCAGAUCAUCGAGGCUGCCCACGAGAAGCUCGGGAGCAAGAAGGAAGGCGGCGCCACCAAGGCGCAAUGA